AUGGGGAUACACAGAUCCCGAACAACAAGUUACCAUCCUCAAACUAAUGGGUUAAUAGAGGAACUACACCGUCCUCUUAAAACUGCCAUCAAGUGCUUUGGCACUGAAAAAUGGACUGCGGUGCUUCCGUUGAUCCUUCUUGGUUUUCGUACUGCUUUUAAGGAAGACAUUGGUUGUACCCCUGCUGAGCUGGUUUUUGGAACCACAGUUCGUCUACCUGGUGAACUCCUUGUUCCAAACAACCAACCCUGUGAUCCUACAGACUUUGUAAAUAAGUUACGUCAGCACAUGCAAUCACUUCGUCCAACACCUCCAAAGCGUCAUGGUGAUGGCAAGGUCUUUGUCCAUCCAGAUUUAACAAUUGCCAGUCAUGUAUUUCUACGACAGGAUAUGGUGAGGAGACCACUCCAGCCUCCUUAUAGUGGCCCAUUUAAAGUUCUUCGCAGAUCGGAGAAAGUGUUUUACCUGGACAUCAAUGGAAAGACAGAGGCUGUUUCGAUUGAUAGGGUGAAACCGGCGUACAUUUUGUACAACAGUGAACAGGAGAGAUCCAAAACACUAGCUUUAUCCACAUUGUUAGACCCAAGAUUCAAGAAACAAGGUUUCAGUGAUGAAAUUGCACUUAAAAGAGGUAUUGAUUCACUGGCAGAAAAAGCUAGUCGGAUUGUGACAGAAAUAAAUGAAAAUUUUGAGAGUGCAACCGAACCAAAGGAAUCAUCUUCAUCUAUAUGGAAUGACUUUGAUAGCAAAGUUCAGAAAUUGCUGCCAACUAAUCCUUUAGCAGCUAGUUGA